AGGAGGAAGAUGGCGGGAGGGCGGCUCUGAGGAGACCUCGGCGGCGGCGGAGGAGGAGAGAAGCGCAGCGCCGUGCCGCGCCGGGGCCCAUGUGGGGAGGAGUCGGAGUCGCUGUUGCCGCCGCCGCCGCCGCCAGUAACUGCUGGACCGGAGUGGGAGUGAGGGGGAAACGGCAGGAUGAAGUUCGCCGAGCACCUCUCCGCGCACAUCACUCCCGAGUGGAGGAAGCAGUACAUCCAGUAUGAGGCUUUCAAGGAUAUGCUGUAUUCAGCUCAGGAUCAGGCACCUUCUGUGGAGGUUACAGAUGAGGACACAGUAAAGAGGUAUUUUGCCAAGUUUGAAGAAAAAUUUUUCCAAACCUGUGAAAAGGAACUUGCCAAAAUCAACACAUUUUAUUCAGAGAAGCUUGCGGAGGCUCAGCGCAGGUUUGCUACACUUCAGAAUGAGCUUCAGUCAUCACUGGAUGCACAGAAAGAGAGCACUGGCGUUACUACACUGCGACAACGCAGAAAGCCAGUCUUCCACUUGUCCCACGAGGAACGUGUCCAACAUAGGAAUAUUAAAGACCUUAAACUGGCCUUCAGCGAGUUCUACCUCAGUCUUAUCCUGCUGCAGAACUAUCAGAAUCUGAAUUUUACAGGGUUUCGAAAAAUCCUCAAAAAGCAUGACAAGAUCCUGGAAACGUCUCGUGGAGCAGAUUGGCGAGUGGCUCAUGUAGAAGUGGCGCCUUUUUAUACGUGCAAGAAAAUCAACCAGCUCAUCUCUGAAACUGAGGCUGUAGUGACUAAUGAACUUGAAGAUGGUGACAGACAAAAAGCUAUGAAGCGUUUACGUGUUCCCCCUUUGGGAGCUGCUCAGCCUGCACCAGCAUGGACUACUUUUAGAGUUGGCCUGUUUUGUGGAAUAUUCAUUGUACUGAAUAUUACCCUUGUGCUUGCCGCUGUAUUUAAACUUGAAACAGAUAGAAAUAUAUGGCCCUUGAUAAGAAUCUAUCGGGGUGGCUUUCUUCUGAUUGAAUUCCUUUUUCUACUGGGCAUCAACACAUAUGGUUGGAGACAGGCUGGAGUGAAUCAUGUGCUCAUCUUUGAACUUAAUCCAAGAAGCAAUUUGUCUCAUCAACAUCUUUUUGAGAUUGCUGGAUUCCUCGGGAUAUUGUGGUGCCUAAGCCUUCUGGCAUGCUUCUUUGCUCCACUUAGUGUCAUCCCCACAUAUGUGUAUCCACUUGUCCUUUAUGGAUUUAUGUUUUUCUUUCUUAUCAACCCCACCAAAACUUUCUAUUACAAAUCCCGGUUUUGGCUGCUUAAACUGCUGUUUCGAGUAUUUACAGCCCCCUUCCAUAAAGUAGGCUUUGCUGAUUUCUGGCUGGCCGAUCAGCUGAACAGCCUGUCAGUGAUAUUGAUGGACCUGGAAUAUAUGAUCUGCUUCUACAGUUUUGAGCUCAGAUGGGAUGAAAGUGGGGGCCUAUUGCCAAAUAAUUCAGAAGAACCAGAAAUUUGCCACAAAUAUUCGUAUGGUGUGCGGGCCAUCGUUCAGUGCAUUCCUGCUUGGCUUCGCUUCAUCCAGUGCCUGCGCCGCUACCGAGACACAAAAAGGGCCUUUCCUCAUUUAGUUAAUGCUGGGAAAUACUCAACAACUUUCUUCACGGUGACGUUCGCAGCCCUUUACAGCACUCACAAAGAGCGAGGUCACUCAGACACCAUGGUAUUCUUUUACCUUUGGAUUGUGUUUUGUAUCAUCAGUUCCUGCUAUACCCUCAUCUGGGAUCUGAAGAUGGACUGGGGUCUCUUUGAUAAGAAUGCUGGAGAAAACACCUUUCUCCGGGAAGAGAUUGUAUACCCCCAAAAAGCCUAUUACUACUGUGCCAUCAUAGAGGAUGUGAUUCUGCGCUUUGCUUGGACUAUCCAAAUCUCAAUUACCUCCAUGACAUUGUUGCCUCAUUCUGGGGACAUCAUUGCUACUGUCUUUGCUCCUCUUGAGGUUUUCCGGCGAUUUGUGUGGAACUUCUUCCGCCUGGAGAAUGAACAUCUGAAUAACUGUGGUGAGUUCCGUGCCGUGCGGGACAUUUCUGUGGCUCCUCUGAAUGCAGAUGACCAGACACUCCUAGAACAGAUGAUGGACCAGGAUGAUGGGGUACGAAACCGCCAGAAAAACCGUCCGUGGAAGUAUAGCCAGAGCAUAUCCCUGCGCCGGCCUCGCCUCGCUUCUCAAUCCAAGGCUCGUGACACUAAGGUAUUGAUAGAAGACACAGAUGAUGAAGCUAACACUUGAAGCCUCUGGUCUAGUUUAACAUCUUUGGUUUUCCUACUCUACAAUUCUUUCUUCGACCAACGCAACCUCUAGUACCUUUCCAGCCGAAAACAGGAGAAGACACAUAACACAUUUUCCGAGCUCUUCCAGAUCGGAUCCUAUGGACUCCAAACAAGCUCACUGUGUUUCUUUUCUUUUCUUCUGGUUUAAUUUUCAUUUUCUAUUUUUAAAACAAAUAUUUACUUCAUUUUGCCAAUCAGAGGACAUUUUAAGGAACAAAAACAUAGUAUCUUAUGGAUUGUUUACAAUCACAAGGACACAGAUACCUAUCAGGAUGAAGAACAGGCAUUGCAAGGACCCUCUGAUGGGACGGUACCGAGAUACCUCGGCUUCCGCUUGGCCCGGUUUUGACUGGUUGAAACCGGACAUUGGUUUUUAACUUUUUUGUCCGUUUAUGUGGAGAAUUUUUUCCUUUCCUUCAUACCCAGCGCAAAAGCACUGGCUGCACUUGCAGGGAAAGUGCAACUUAGAGCAGUACCUUCAUUCACGAAGCUACUUUUUAAUUUGAUGUAACUUUUCUUAUUUUGGGGAGGGUUGCUGGGUGGGUGGGAAAUAUGAUGUAUUUGUUGCAUAUAGUUUUCUCAUUAUUUAUGAAACUUAACCAUAAAAGAAUGAUAUAACUCCUGUGCAAUGAAGGUGGUAACAGUGAAAGAAGACAGGGGAAACUAAUGUUGGACCGCAUUUGAGGGUUUAGUCCACAAUACCUCUUUCAUGAGAUAACUUGCACCACUUUGACUUUGAUUUUUCUUUCUUUCUUUUUUUUUUUUUUUUUAAUUUUAAGCCAAAGUUUUAUUACUGAGUUUUUAAGUUGCUGCUGCUUUAGAAUCCUGAGCAUGUCUCUUCUAACAAAGCAUCUAUAUACUUCCACACAACUGGUUGAAAUUUUUUAAGAGGUCUGAUACUUUUUUGUUUAAGGAACAGAUGUGGAAUAUAUUUGCCCAUACUCCAACCAUAACAACUGAAGUUAUGCCUUAUUAAGCUUCAGCAUUUAGGGUAAUUGAAACCUUUCCUAACUCUGAGCUAGAAGAUAAAGCUAUUUCAGAGACUGCCUACACUUUUGUUGGAUAUUUUUUCAUCUGGACUCACUACUUUAGCCAAAAUUUGAUCAAAUUGAAAGUCUGUCUUGGGGAAACCGUAUAUCUGAGAGCAAAGAACAAAUAAUCCUUCCUCUUUCACAUUACAUUAAUAAAACAGACCUUGGCAGCCAUUUCUCCCAGCAGUUUUAAAGGAUAAAUAUUGUAUUUCAUGCCCUCCUGUGAGAGAAAGCCUGCUUUUAAGAUUUUGGGGGUCUAAACUUGGGUCAUAAACAAAAAAUACAUUUCUUAGACAUUUCAGACUCUCAUGGUUUGUGCACAAUGCCCAUUUUUACUUCCUUGUCUAAUUUCUUUCCUGUUUUCCUAAAUCAUCCAAAUAAGCCCCAACCUUAAAGGAUUUUACUUUCUUGAAUGCGGUUGGCACUAAAUUGAGCAUUUUGUUAUCUAUCAAAAUUAAUAUAAAUUCCAGGAAAAAGUGAAGUGUGUUUUAAUCCUCCCAUCCCCCUAGAUCCAGUUGAAGAUUCCAGCAUCAACAUCAGUGGAUUCGUGAAAGUAAAUUACUUCUGUCGUUUAGACGAGAGACAAACGAGCUGUUAUCACUUCCUUAGUCUUAAACACGUGGGUGUUACCCAUUAAUAAGCCCCUUUUGUCAUCUGCCCUUCUGCCAUGUAUUGUAGGUCUUCACUCAUACCUGUCGUGAUCCAGUAGGUUAUAUUCAAGUCAACUGUUACUGCCAAAAUUCCAUCCACUAUUUGUUAACUGACAAAUAGUUCAUUUCCAAAGGAGUUUAUUCCAGUUUUAUUCUGAUAAACUUCCAAAUUUUUUCCCUUUCCAAAUUGAGAUUUUUUUCUGAAAAAUCAUACAAAAUUUUGGCUUUUGUUGUUUUUUUAUGUUUUGCCAAGCAAUGUUUGUUGGCCCAAAAACUGAAGCGGAAUAGUUUAAUUACCUCUCUCUCUUUUUUUUUUUUUUUAGUUUAAAUAAAUUGAAUCAUCAUAAUCAGUGGUAACAAUUUAGUGACCCAUAAUAGAUUAAAGGUUGCAUUAUUUAUACUUGGGAUUUUUUUUUUCUAUUUUGUUUUUGUACUUUAAAACUAUGGGGGAAAUAUCACUGGUCUGUCAAAGAUAAGUCCAGUGGACCAGUCAUUUCUUGUACAAAUAAAACUGGUGGUACUAAUUAAUGUGUAUCCAGAGCAAUUUGAAUUGUCAACUUCAUUUUCUAUUAUUAGUAAAACUAUAUAAUGACACACAUGAAGUCUUACAGUUGACUUUUGGUAUUUGAACUCCCCAGUGUUUUUAUUUCAGUGUAUCCUACGGCCAAUUUGGUCUUUUUUCAACUGUUACGAUCCUAGGCCCUAAUCAGUAUUAUUUUUUCAUAGAUAAUACAAUGUUAGAAUUCCUUUUCUGAUAUGUUUGUCCUAUAAGCGUAGUCUAUUCAAGAAUGAUAAGAUUUCUGUAACUUUCAGCUUACCAUGACAGAUGCUCAAAUAAGUAUUGAAACACACAGCUUCGUUUUCCUCCUAAAGCUGUAAAGAGAAAAGAGGGCUAUUCCUCAUCAAGAGGAAGAGUUUGGGAGACAGAAUAUACAUUUAAAUUUUUUUCUUUGAAAAAAAAGGCAAUGUACAUUUUUCUCUUCUAAAUUUUAUAUGCCCUAGCAGUUGCCAAUGCUGUGUCCUACCUAAUAUUUUAUUGGAGGCGUCUGUACACUGAAACUCUUAGAACUCUUAGGAAAUUAAUAUCACAGGGUCAUUUUAAAGGAGCAGCAAUCUAACCAAAGGUAAAACUUUAUCUGAUUUUAGGUUUGGAAAUUCUAGUUUUAUUUUAUUUGAGAAUCAAUUUAUGUCAUCAGUUUAAAUACUCCCCAAAGGAAUGAAAAGGAAGUAUAAAUAAAAGAAUAAAGUUCGUUGACAUGUGUAAAGAAAUUGGAAGACCCAGAAAAAAUGGCUUAUUUUCUACUCACAAGUAUGCACCUAUACUUAAGCCUGCCUAUGCCAUUAGGAUGGAAUGAAUAGUUGAUGGUUUCAUGCCAUACAGAGAGACAAUAAGAUGAUCAAAAAUUAAGUCAUUGUUAAUUGGGUUAUAAUGGUAAUUUUUAAAUUUGGAAAGAAGUUGAAAACCCAUAAACAACUUUCCUAGUAUCUCAUUUUUCUUAAGAAAGCUGCUUAACUUCAGAUUCAGAAGCAAUGAUGUGAGAGAAUGCCUGACACCUCAUCAGUAACCUAUAUGGACCCUUAAAGAAGGACCUAGUCCCUAGGAUCCAUAACUCCCCCAAAUUUUCAACAUGAGAGUUUUAAGAUUUUAACAGAUUUUACCAGAAGUAAGUUGUGGAUAUAUGGUAUCCUUUCACCAUGGUUUGGUCAAAGUACAUUCAUGAUAAUGAGAAAGCAGUUCAUCCUUUCUUAACAAGUGAAGUAAAACAAGUUAAGAAUAAAAAAAAAGUGACAUCACUGAGUUGUACAGGCAUCAGAUUAACAGACAUUUAGUUGAAGAAAAAUAAAAUAAUUGUGGAGAUAGCAGAGAGGAGCA